AGCGACAGCGUCCGUGUGCCGUGCGCGAGGCGCAUUUAUUCGUCCGCGGCAACUGCUCCAGGCAGUCGCAGCUCAAACGUCAAAGCGUCGAGAGCUCUCUCCGUGCACAGCUCAACUCGCGUGCGCAGAAAAAGCUUUUUUAGCUAGUCGUCCUAUCUGUUUACAGUAAGUCACGACAACGGUGUAAUAUACGGGCUGCGGAUUGUUUAGAUACGCGAUAGGCCAUUGCAUCGAGUCGCUGCAGCCAAGAAUAGUCAUCCUCGUUCGGAGCAACCAUACAACGAGCAUAUAGUACUGAGCUUAUAGCUCGUGCUCGUCGGUGUUGUCGUCGUCCAGCGCGAUAACAUGGCAGCAGCCAUGAGCUGCUGGCGCGGCGGACCGCUGCUGAUGAGUGCGCUGCUCUUGGCGGCCGUUUCCUCGCAAUACUGGCCAGUCUUUGGCACGGCGGCGGAAAAUCUGAGCCUCGACCAGGUCGACGGUCUGCUGGUCCAGAGCGCGCUGGGCUAUCUCAGAGACAAGCAGCCCUACUACAAAGCCGAGCUCGUCUCGGCGCAACGAUCGGAAUGGCCGCCGUUCGUCAUUUAUCGGCUGACUCUUCUCGUCUAUCCGAGCUGCAAGGCCACGGACGAGUUCUGCGCCGUCUCCGAGUGCAGCCUCGAUGUGCGCCAACGCGAGCACGAGCCCGGCGUCAUCGACAUAAUGCGCGAGUCGGUGCACUGCCGGCCGGUUCGAGCCGACUCCAAGAGCCCCCCCGCUGCCGAGUCGGUCAUCGCCGAGCUCGAGAAGCAGAUCAGGACGACGAACGAGCCGAGCUUCGACAAGGAGGUGCACGAGCACUCGGAGCAGGACAGGCCCUUCGUCGCGGUCCGGGCCAAUCAGUCGCACUACUGUCCGGGCUGCCCGUACGAGCUGAACCCCACGCUGCCGGGCUUGUUGGCCUUCGGCCAGCAGGCCAUGCGAGCCAUGGACGAGACCGGCCAGAGCGACUUCAAGCACAAGGUCGUGGCCAUCAUGAAGGUGACGAGGGCCGUGCCGCCGGGCUCGAACGUCGUCAGGUACCAGCUGCUCAUGGACAUCGGCGAGUCCAGCUGCCUCAAGAACUCCCACAUCGAGAUAUCCGAGUGCAAUCUGCAGUCGAAUCUGCCGGUGCGAUCGUGUCUGGUCACCUACGAGGAGCAGCCCACCGUGAAGAAUAGCCGAAAGAUCACCGCUAACAAUUGCACCGAUCAGCUGCUCAACAACGACAACGAGAUCAACGCCGACGUGCACCUGAGCUCGUCCGCCUCGCCGGCGGCCGUCACCCCGACGAGCAACCCGGUCGACGACGAGACUCAGGCCAAGACCGAGUACUACGAUCAGAUAGCCCAGGAAGCCCAGGAGGUCUUCCACAUGGACCUGUCGAGCAAGGACGUCGAGGCCGCUCACAGCAAGAUCUUGCUGGAUCGCCAGAGCAGCGACGACCAAGAGACCGCCAAGUUCUCCGACAAGGUCAAGGAGUUCGACGAGUUCCUCAAGGACUUCGACGUGGCCAUCAAUCCCGAGGCGUCGAGCACCAGCACCGUCGCCUACUCCGGAGAACCCGUGACCGAGCCCGCCAUCGUCAAGGAGCAGGUGCCCGAGGAGGAGCCCAAGCUCGUGGCGGACGAGAAGCAACCCCUGGUCGAGAACAUCCGAAGCAAGCGAUCGACCAAGAGCUUGUUGGAGAACAACAAGCCGUUGCUGAGAAAAUUAGCCACGAAGGCCAUCCAACAGAUCGACGAGCUCGACGAGGACAAUCUGAAGAAGCGCCUGAUCGACGUGACUUCCACCGAAAGAGAGAGAAAGGACCACGCGAUCGUCUACUACUUGACGCUGGAGGUCGCGCCGACGGACUGCUUCGAGAACGACGAGUCGACCGAGUGUCUGGACGAGGUGACCUUCGGUGGGCGGCAGUCGUGCAAGGUGAGCUUGGCCACCGACGAGAAGAGACCGCUCGAGUCGCCCAAACUGCUCAACUACGAGUGCAAAAUCGUCGAGAAACCCGAGACGGAAAGGUUCAAGAGACAGACUCUGGGGGCACCGCAGACUCACAGUCCGGACGAUCCGGAGGUCCAGAGGUUCGCUCACUUGGGUCUGACGCACCUGUCUCAGAAGCUCGAGAGCGACUUCGAGCCGAUGCUGGUCAAAGUCAAGGACGUCACCGUCCAAGUGGUCUCGGGACUCAAGUACAAGAUCCGCGCGGACAUCGGAAGCAGCACCUGUCGCAAGGGCGAGAAAACCGGCUGCCAAUUGGAAGCCAGCAAAGAAGUCAAGGAGUGCCUGAUGGAGAUCUGGUCCCAGCCUUGGCUGGACAAGGGUAAUCCCAAGAUAAUCAGCGUCACCUGCGAACCGUCCAAACGCAGGAGGAGGCGGCGAUCGCUCAAGGGCCAGAACUACAGCGAGAAGAUGAAGCAGCAGUACAAAAAGUGGAAGGAGGAGGAGAAGAAGGAGAAGCAAGCCGAAGCGUCGAGCGUCGUCGAGAAGAGCAGAAAGAGGCGAUCCCUGAGGGGCCAGCACUACAGCGAGCAGAUGCUCAUGCAGUCGAGGCAGUUGAAGGAGGAGCGACUGUUCAGCGAGUUCGUGAGCAAGUACAACAAGACGUACGAGACGGAGAACGAGAAGGACAGGCGCUUCGAGAUCUUCCGCAAGAAUCUCGACGUUAUCGAGGAGCUGCAGCGCAACGAGCAGGGCACGGGCCGCUACGGCGUCACCCGAUUCGCCGACCUGACCAAGGACGAGUUCCGCAGCCGCUACCUGGGCCUGAAUCCGGCGCUGCGCUCCGAGAACGACAUCCCGCUGCCCAAGGCCGAGAUCCCGGACAUCGAGCUGCCCAAGGAGUUCGACUGGAGGCAGCGCAACGCCGUGACCCCGGUGAAGAAUCAGGGCCAGUGCGGCUCGUGCUGGGCGUUCUCGGUGACGGGCAACGUCGAGGGCCAGUACGCCAUCAAGCACGGCCAGCUGCUGUCGCUCAGCGAGCAGGAGCUCGUCGACUGCGACCAGCUCGACGACGGCUGCAACGGGGGUCUGCCCGAUCAGGCCUACCGGGCCAUCGAGGAGCUGGGCGGCCUCGAGCUCGAGUCCGACUAUCCGUACGACGCGCAGGACGAGAAGUGCCACUUCAACAAGAACAAAGUCCGGGUGAGCGUCGUGUCGGGCCUCAACAUCACCAGCAACGAGACGCAGAUGGCCCAGUGGCUCGUCCAGAACGGCCCCAUGUCCAUCGGCAUCAACGCCAACGCCAUGCAGUUCUACUUCGGCGGAGUCUCGCAUCCCUAUCACUUCCUCUGCAGUCCCGACAAUCUCGAUCACGGAGUCCUGAUCGUUGGUUACGGAAUCAAGACCUACCCGAUUUUCAAGAAAACCAUGCCCUACUGGCUGAUUAAGAACAGCUGGGGCGAGCACUGGGGCGAGCAAGGAUAUUACCGGGUGUACCGAGGCGACGGAACCUGCGGCGUCAACAAGAUGGUCACGAGCGCCGUCAUUGCUUAAGGACAAACGCUUAUACAAGCCGGCAGGAUAAACGAUUUUCUUUGUUAUUACGGAAGCGUUGAUUGUGUAUAAAAGCGAUGAGGAGACAAGUUGACAAUUUUAAGAAAGUUUUCAUAUCGAUUAUUAAUACUGUGUAGCUCGUAAGAAAAAAACGAAACAAAACGAUGUUAAUUAUCAGCGAAAGUAAUAACGGCAUAUAAAAAAGGUAACGUUUUUCGAAACAAAAAAAAAGUAGAGCCGACGAUAUCAGUCAAUUGUGCAAGUGUCAAAACCAAAAAAAUAUCCUUCGUUAAAAAGCAUAAUACGAAUAAUAUCCUCUACGACGUAACAUAUAUUAUUAUAUCAUACAAUUAUACAUGACGCAGAAAUUUUAUGUAAUUUUUUGCCCCGAUACUUUUGUUAUUAAUUUUUACGUUAAUUCUAUCAGCGUAUUAGGGUCUUAGGAUUAACAUUUACCUAGAGAGUUUAUGACAUUAAUAAUUAUUUUUGUAAUUUUCAGAAGACAAAAAUUGUAUAGAUUUAAUAAUUGCUCAACAUUGAUUUUGCAAUAUUAUAUAAUAAUAUUAUGAAAAUAAUAGCAAUGUGCCAAAACUCGAGAUGGGCUCAUUUAAUAUACUCGCGCGUGCAUUUAACAACUGAAAUUACGGACUUUUUUCACGACGAUUAUUUUGUAUUUUAUAAUAGUGAUUUCGUUCGAACUCAGCAGUUCGAAACGACACGUUAUAAAGAAAUAAAAAAAAAACUCAGCAAAAAAAAAAAAAAUGGA